AUGAACACCACUUUCGAGGUCUUUCAGUUUCGUCAGGCAAAGCAACUCGAGGGCGAAUCUGUCGGCCAAUUCUCGAUAAGGCUUCGACUGCUUGCCCGCAAUUGCGGUUUCGCGAACGCCGACGAGGAAAUCAAGAACCAGAUCAUAUUUGCAACGACAUCUUCACGCCUACGACGAGUAGCCCUAAGGCAAGACCUUAACCUUCCAUCACUUUUGAAUCAGGCUCGACUCCUCGAGGAUGUCAACCGAGCAACAACUGCCAUGGAAGGGUCGUCAACAACCCCCACGGUUCAAGCAAUCUCUGGACAGCCUCGCUACGGCCAUGCAGGCACAUCCAGAAAUGCCCAACAACCUCGCUGCUUCUCUUCCCGUCUGAAAUAUGGAGGCAGCGCACAACAACGCACCCACGUCUCGCCUCCCCAGUGUUUCCACUGUGGUGCUCCCUGGCCCCACGAGGGAGGACAAGUAAACUGCCCCGCCAAAUUUGCCUCUUGCAAAGCAUGUCGCAGAAAAGGACACUAUGGCAAGGUGUGCCAAUCAGCACACAAGCCUAUCUUCCAGAUUUCUCAUGAUUCUGACUCCGACGAGAGCGUUUAUGCUGUCGGAACUAUAUCACAAGUAUCGCACCAAAACCUCCCAGAGGUUCAUCUGCAGGUUAACAACACCCCUAUAACAUUUCUUAUUGACACAGGUGCUUCAGUAUCGGUCAUUGGAACCUCUACCCUUAACAAGCUUGGAGCACUCACAAAACUCCAACAAGCAGGCACGCGUAUUUACGCCUAUGGAUCGGAUGCUCCGCUACCAAUCAUAGGAAAGCUCAGUGUCACGCUGAAGUACAGGGACAGCGACACAACAGAAGACGUGUUCGUAAUAGAGGGAACCGUGAAGUCACUGCUGAGCUUCGCUGCUGCAAAUAGACUGGGCCUAAUCCAAAUUACUUACGCCAUCCAAGGACACUCACAAAAAGAUGCACGCUCGAAUGGAGAGGUGCCCCCAAAUUUGCUCGAGACCCCACUCGCUGCUUUUCCCGAGUUGUGUGCGGGUGUAGGCAAACUAAAAAACCUCCAAGUACACCUCCACAUUGACAAAGCCAUUGCCCCGGUUGCUCAGCCCCAUCGCAGAAUCCCUUUUGCAGUGCGAAGCAAAGUAGAAGAGAAGAUAAGCCAGCUCUUCGCCCUUGAUAUCAUCGAAGAAGCAACCGGACCUACUCCAUGGGUUUCACCAGUCGUAAUUGUGCCAAAGCCGCACAAUCCAGAGGACAUUCGCCUAUGCAUCGACAUGAAAUGUGCGAAUAGGGCCAUUCUUCGUGAGAGGCACGUCUGCCCUACCAUCGACGACGUGAUCACAGCGCUGAACGGAUCAACACUCUUCACGAAGCUUGAUCUAAAAGAUGGGUACCACCAACUAGAACUUGAUAAUGAAUCAAGAACAAUCACAACAUUUGCAACACACAACAAAUUGUACCGCUACAAACGACUUAUGUUUGGAAUUAACGCAGCUGCCGAGGUUUUCCAGGAAACCAUCUGUCAAGUACUCAACGGCAUACCUCACGUCCUCAACAUCAGUGAUGAUAUACUUGUGUUUGGCAAGACAAAGGAUGAGCAUGAUCAGGCUCUCCAGGCAACUCUCGAAAGGUUGACAGAGAACGGCCUCACAGUUAAUCCAAAAAAAUGUCUCUUCGCACAGAAAGAACUCUGUUUUUUCGGUCACAUUUUCUCUGCUUCUGGAAUCAGAACAGACCCCCAGAAAAUCGCAGCACUAAAAAAAAUGCCGGCCCCUGCCAACGCUCAUGAAGUUCGAAGUCUGCUUGGUACAGUAAAUUACAGCGGACGCUUCCUACCUAACCUUGCUGAUAUAACGUACCCUCUUCGGCUUCUCACAAAAAAGAACACCAAAGUGGAGCACACGUGUGGAAUCAACAACCCCUCGGAUUACCUGUCUCGCCAUCCCAUGCCGAGCUCCCCUGCUGACGCCCGCCUGGCUCAUAGCACUAAUGCAUAUGUCAACUUCAUUGCCCACCACAACAUUCCCAAAGCCAUGACUCGGGCAGAAGUAGCUGCCGCCACUCUAAACGACCCUCAUAUGCAAAAGGUGAUCGCUGCCCUCAGCAAUCCUGCCAGGUGGAACGACCCAGCACUCAGAGAGUUUACAUCCGUACAGCACGAGCUCUCUCUGACGGACAGCGGCCUACUACUGAAAGGCAAUUGCCUCGUUCUACCGGCUGCUCUCCAGCAACAGGCGAUAUGUCUCGCUCACAUUGGGCACCAGGGCAUCUCCAAAACAAAAGCGCUCAUGAAGCGAAAAGUAUGGUUUCCCCACCUAGACAGCAUGGUACAAACUACUCUUAAAAACUGUAUGGCGUGUCAGGCAACCAUCCAACAUCAACACUCUGACCCCGUCGCGAUUCCAUCGAAGCCAAAUCAACCUUGGGAGGCGCUCUCACUUGACUUCGCGGGGCCUUUCCCUAACGGCAAAUACAUAACGGUCCUAAUGGAUGAUACGUCACGUUACCCUCUCGUGGCGGCGACAACGUUGGAAAACUCUACGUGGACUUCCGAAUUGAGCAAAUUUCUAAUGGCCUAUAGGGCGACACCUCACUCAACGACAGGGAAAACGCCCUUCGAACUACUCUUUGGAAGACCUAUGGGCUACCUCCUUCCCGAUUCCGCAGACACUAACAACGUGCCACAGGAAUGGCAACACAAGGAUUACGAAAAUCGAAAGAAGCACAAGAUUUACGCAGAUGAACACAGACAUGCGAGAGCCCACAACUUCGAAGUCGGAGAUCGGGUACUGUGUAGACAGCCUCCGUCGAACAAGCUCACUCCCCCUUAUGACCCGCAGCCAUAUAAAGUGAUCGAAAUCAAAGGGACUCAGGUAACUGCUCAGAGAGAUCAGAAAAUUAUCACAAGGAACUCAAGUUUCUUCAAACUUCUUCCCACGAGUGCGAAGCUCAGAGCACAUAAUGAAUUGAUCAAUGCGGAUGAUGCUGAGGAAGAAAACGCCAUGAACACGCGUCAUACUCACCCUUACCAGGAAGCUCAACAACACAUCGACGUGGGGGAGAGACGAGACCUGCAACCCAACGAAGCUCAAAGAUCCAGUGAAGGACCACGUCCGACUCCGGAAUUUGAACAACAGCUCGACGUGGAGGAGGACGAAAGAAACCAGCGAUUCCUUGAAGCCCCUGGCCCUGAUCUAUCAGGAACAGCACGACCGGUCCGUACAAGGUACCCUCCUACAAGACUCAGGGACUACGUCUGCUCCUGA